AAAGAGAAUCAUCACACCAAAGCAGCAACAACAACAACAAAAAGAUUCAAGACAAUGAGAGUGAAAGCAACUUUGAUUAACUUCAAAUCAAAGCUUUCCAAAUCAUGCAACAGAUUUGUCUCUCUCUUCCGCUUCAGAGUUAAGAGAUCUCUCUUUAUCAGACCUCUUCGUCGUGCUCGUCAUGCCAAUGUCAAACCUAGACAUCAUCAUCGUCAUCCCAAGAAGCCAAUCUGUUCCUCUUCCUCUUUGCUGUCUUGUCUCUGUUUGUUCAGCAAAAACAAAGACUCAGAGAUGAGCCAAAACAAACCUAGAAGUUCCUCUUUUAGUGUGAAGGAUGAUGAUUCUUUGAAGUAUAUGCAUUCCCCUCUUACACCAGCAGCAGCCAAGAAGCUGUUCACUUCACCCAUCACGACGCCUGUUUCUGCAAAGCGGACCAAGAAAUCACUAGGCACAAGAGAUACAUUCGAAGACAAUGCAGUGGAAGACGCUUGCAGGAGCUUUGAAAACUAUCUGAUUCAACUGAUUGUUGAAGAAGGGAAAAUGGAUGACUUGAUGGACAUAGAGGAGCUUCUGUCCUCUUGGAAAAAUCUUAAGAGCCCUGUCUUCAUUGAACUUGUCUCCAGAUUCUAUGGAGAGCUCUGCAGAGACCUGUUUUCAGGUGAAUGACCUGAUCCAAAAAUGAUCAAAACAAAAAACUUUUUUUUUUAUCUUUCUUUGGUAAUCAUUGAAAACACCAUUU